UUCCUUUAGUUCUUCUUCCGCAAUAUAUAUUUUUUCUAAUAAACUGAGUUCGUUCAUCAAAUGGCUUCUUGGAAGUUAUUUCCAAUUUUAGCUAUUUGUGCUGGUUUCUUCCUUACCCUUACCGCACAACUACCGCCACCCUGUCACAGUGAAAUAUAUUGUCAUGGCCCAUUGUUGCAUGCCGUUCAAACCGCUGAACUGUACAGAGAUUCCAAAACUUUUGUGGAUAAAAAACUGCGCUUUCUCCCAGAUAUAGUUUUGGCUAGUUUUUCCCAGUUGAUGAUUGAAACCCAAAACCAGCCGACAAAGGAACAAUUGCAGACAUUUGUGGAUACCAACUUCGAUGCUGAAGGAUUGGAAUUUCAGCCGUGGGACCCCUCAGACUGGAUCAGUGAUCCUCCGUUUCUUUCUAACGUCAAUAAUUUAGAGCUCCGUGAUUGGGGACAAAAAUUGCAUGAAGGUUGGAAAGCUCUCGGACGCCAGAUAGCAGGCGACGUUCGAGAUAAUCCUGACCUAUAUUCAAUCGUAUAUGUGCCUAAUCCUUUCAUUGUUCCUGGUGGGAGAUUUCGUGAAUUUUAUUACUGGGAUUCUUACUGGAUCGUAAAAGGACUUUUAAUUUCCCACAUGAAUCAAACGGUCAGGGGCAUGUUAGAUAACUUUUGUCAAAUCGUUGAUACCUAUGGACUUAUCCCAAAUGGUGGUCGAAUUUAUUAUCAACAACGAUCUCAACCACCCAUGUUAAUACCAAUGGUUGACCUCUACGUCAGUGCAACUGGCGACAUUGAAUUUCUUCGACAAAGGCUCAGCACGAUGGAAAAAGAAAUGGAGUUCUGGCUAACCAACCGCACAGUUUCCGUUAACGGAUACACUCUUGCUCGAUACAACGUGGAAUAUGAUGGACCUAGGCCAGAGUCUUACAGAGAGGAUCUGAAAACCGCUGGUAAUUUAAGCGGGACCGAACUAGAAGAAUUCUACAUAAAUAUGAAAUCCGGUGCGGAAUCCGGCUGGGAUUUUAGCACGCGAUGGUUUAUCAAUGACGAAGGCACGAACGUCGGUGACAUAGCGAACGUCAAGAUAAGAAACAUUGUCCCGGUAGAUUUAAAUGCCUUUAUUUGCAUGAAUGCGCAACUGCUGUCCAAAAUGUUCAGUCUGGUAGGUGACGAGGCAAAAUCUCAAAUCUAUCAGGAUAAGUUUCUUGCAUGGAAGGAGGCAAUACAAAUGGUGUUGUGGAAUGAGGAAGAUGGAGUUUGGUUGGACUACGAUAUGCUUAAUAAUUUGCCAAGGCAUUAUUUUUACGCAUCUAACAUCGCACCAUUGUGGGCUGGAUGUUGGGAUGAAGUAUCUCCUCAAAAUAGUUUAGUUGUCGAUCGUGUUCUCAAUUAUCUUGAUCAAAGCCAAGCUUUACAAUUUGUUGGCGGUCUUCCGACAUCCAUGCAAAACUCCGGUCAACAAUGGGACUAUCCUAACGGCUGGGCACCAUUGCAGCAUUUAUUGGUUUACGGACUUGAAAAUACUGCCGAUCCUAGGGCUGAAACACUGGCGUUUGAUAUCGCUCACAAAUGGCUCGAUAAUAAUUUUUUGGCCUUUCAGCAAAGUAUUCCUAACGCUAUGUUCGAAAAGUACGAUGUCACGUCUUUAGGCCUGCCAGGAGGUGGAGGAGAAUACGACGUUCAAUUAGGUUUUGGAUGGACCAAUGGUGUUGUUCUCGACUUCCUGGAAAAAUAUGGAGACCGACUGUGAUCACCCAUUGCAGUGCACGAUUCAAAUUUCAACCCAAGUUUCGCAUUUGAUGUAAAAUGGCACUUUCAAUAUUAAGGUUUACGGAGAUCC